AUGUCAGCAAAACCACUUUGGUAUAGAUGGGCACGGGUUUACUUUGCUGGUGCAUGCAUAAUAGGAACCGGUGUGUUGCUCUACCAAACAAUCAGACCAUCAGAUGAGAAAUUGAUUUCCCAAUUCUCACCUGAGAUCAGAGCUGAAUACGAAAGAAAUAAAGAGUUAAGACAAAAGGAACAACAGAGAUUGAUGGAAAUUGUAAAACAAACAGCAGCAUCAAAUGAACCGAUUUGGAAAACUGGUCCUAUUGGAUCGCCAUUGGAAAAGGAACAACGAAAUUUGAGUAUGGAGUUGGUAGAUAAGGAGUUGUUUCAUAAGACGAAAGCUGAAGAAGCUCAAAAAGAGGCAAUUACUAAAAGUGUUCAAGAGUCAGAAGAACUUGAACGGUUGUUGCAAGAGCAAAAGAGCAAGAAAUCAUGGUGGAAUGUUUUCUCGAGGUGA